AUGUAUUAAAGGAUAUCGAUCUCUCAUUGCCAACUGUGUAAGAUGUAAGCCAUGAAGCCUAUCUCCUUAAUUUGCUCUCAUACACUUUGUUUCAAAUGCGCAUAAAAUAUCUCCAUUCAAGAAAAUACAAGUUAAAUACAGAAUAAGUUUAGAAUUUAAUGUCCUUUAUGUCGCAAAGUCACUCAUACCUAUGAUAUCAAUAAUCUCCUCAUGGAAAACAACGAGUUGAAUCUGAUUACAGACUCGAGUGAAAUGGAUAAAGAGAUUCUAAAUGAGAGUUAAUUAUAAAAUGAUUCGAAAAAUGGCAGAAGGUAUUCUAAUUUUGAUAUUCCAAACAAAGUUCAAAGCACGGCUCAAUAAAAAAUGUCAGAAUUAUUGACUUAAACCAACAAUGCGAUGAAAAUGAUGAACGAAAAGCCUAAACAAAGUAAUACUACUAUUGGUCAUAUUCACAAAUAAUCAGCCACCGUUGCUGUGAUCUUUGAUGACAAUCGUUCCAAAGUUCAAUUGAAUUAGCAACCUUAUGGAUCUUAAUUCUAAUCUUAGAUCUAAAAAACAUUAAUCUAAUAUUAAUAGUAAUAAUAGGAACUUAAUUAACAAACUUAAACAAUUAAUAAAGACAUCUUAAAACCCAAUAAUAAUACUCCUAAUGCCAGUCCUUAUUCUACACCCCUUGCAUCCCAAUUUCAUAUAAAUUUCUAAAAUACUGAUAAUAAAAAAUAACCCCAGAAUCCACUUCAAUUUUAACCUCUAAAAGAUAAGCCAUUUUAUUUAGACGAUAAAAAAUACACUCAAGAAGUUAAAGAAAACUUAUUUCAAAAGGAAAUACAAAAAGAAAUCACUGAACCAUCUCGACACAAAAGAAGUGCAACUGGAGUACCUAAUAAAUAGUUAACUACUAAUAAUACAUCUAUUAUUAAUAAUGUCAAUCAAAAUAGUAGUAUCAAUAAUGAAAGUUCAGAAUAAAUUAUUGCAUAAUAUUUCUAAAUUAUACAAAAGAGUUUAUAAAAAUUAGAAAAAGAUACUUUAAUGGUCAUUAAAAAUAAAAAUGUUUAGCCACAAGCACUAUAUUAAAAAAUGAAAUAGUUAAAUUAAACAAAGGAUUAAGAUGGAGAAUUAAUUUAAUCAAUCAAAAUGGUGAUUAAAUUACAAACUGAAUUAAAUGGAUUGUCAACUCCAUCUUGUCAUAGAAAAACCAGUUCUCAUGCUAGUCAUAGAUAUUCUAACAAUACUACGAAUACAAAGAGCGAUCAUAGUUCUACAUCUAUUUUGCAGUAAGAAUUUAAAAACUUAAAGAAAUUGUUCUGA